CUUCAGUUUAACUGUGAAAGUGACAAGGAAGUUGGAAAGAUGUGUUAUGUGGAGUUUGGUGGACGCGACCGUUUCCGCGAACGAGAACGCCGUGAACUAGAGCAUAUUAUCCAUGACUGGCGCGAGAGGGUACUGAGGGCCAAUCAGAUGUUGCCAAAUGGGCCUCUUGGCCAACAGGCGCAAAGGCCGGAGGGGCAGGAGCAACGGCAGCAAGACCAACAGCAGCAAGAGCAGCCACAGCAACAAGACCAACAGCUGCAGUAGAAAACACAAAACAAGAUUAAUAAAUAUACUGAAAGUCGGAGCUAUGGACGUUCGACUGUGUGGUGGAAUUGUUGCUCUCAUUGGGACAAACUUAAGAGAAAAUGGAAGGUACCAACACAGUGACGAAUGUGGUGUACAGGUGCGCAAUGGAUUUGAUCAAUGGAGUGAGUUCGACUCCCGCCCAGAUAUAACCAACAAUAACAACCGGCGCGACGUGAUGUCAUGGCCGAACGCAGUUGCCAUUCGGAGGAUCUUAAAUCAUCUUCGGCCGGCCGGCAGAAAAGAUCAGUAG